AUGGAGGAUAAACAGGAAAAACGAAGAACUCAGAAUGUCAAGGCCGCGCAGAGGUCAUAUGAAGCCAAGAAACAGGAACGAGAACUCUUACAGAUGAAACACUCAGAGCUGCAAGAUGCUCAGAUGCAACUCCUGCAUGACAAAUGUCGUCUGGAGGAACAGAUUAAGUUGCUAGAGUAUGUGGUGAAAAGUAUGGACCACAUUCAAAAGUGUGCUUUAAGCAAAAGCAGUGUAGCAUCCGAAACAAUUCUUCAACCCAUCUGUGAAAGAAGCACCACUGAAAAUGAUUACCGUGAAGAUAAUGACGACUCAUGCGGUGGAGCCAGUCAGACUGUUGACUUGUCCUCAUCCAACCACUUUCCCUCAGCUGUUCCCAUUGUCUUAUCAGGAACAGAUAACCCAAAACUUAGCAGCAAGCAUUUACAGAAGAGGAAAAAAGUUACUUUUGCGACGACAGUCCCCAGCACGUGUGAUGAGCAUAUACUAGAUCCCACAUCUUACCUUGCAGUCGGAGCUACUCAGGAUGUGUACUUAGAAUCACCUCACUGGCAAGCAGACAUUAUGGAUGCCGUGGUGACCAGUUCAUCGUCAGAAGAGAAAGUAUUUGCUCCAUCAGCAAAGAAGAUCAAGCUGAGUAAAGCUUCAGUUAUUCAGCCCCCGAGAGGUGUGCUUGUAAUGUGA